AUGUCGAGAUCGCCGUCUCUCAAAAGAGAUCAUGACUCGAUUUUCGUAAACAAAUUGUAUCCGGCCAAGUCUGCUCGUUUGGCUACUGAUUCUUCUUCAGUUGGACCAUCGUCUUCUUAUUGUGCCUCUUCGAUCAUUCCUGGAUCACACACGUCGGCCGAUGUCCCCACCGUCCAGCAACCUACGUCCCAUUUAGUAAAGACCGAUCCCACCAACUUUGAGCAGAGCGAUAGUAAUGACAGUGAACCUAUUAUUGCUUGGUCUGCUGAUCAACGGCUGGUGAAUCCGAACCAAGACGAGCCAGAGUGUAUUAUCUGCGGAAAAUACGGAGAAUACAUCAAUGAUGAUACAGAGAAUGAUGUCUGCAGCUUGGAAUGCAAGCGGAUCGAUACCAGCAAGUACGGGAACAAGAGAUCGAUAUCUGCAAAGAAAGCAUCCCACAAGGACAUCGAUAACAUCGUCACGCAUCCCUCAAUUGCUGAUAAUAUACACGCCAAACUCACAAAUUAUACCGAAUCCAACGAUAUCAGUACCAUGCCAUCAUCACAAGUGGAAGCGAUGCGUAAAGCGCAUGAUAUUGUCGUCAAAGGCGCGUCGAUUCCAAAGCCAAUCGCAACCUUCACUCAAUGCCAGAAUACCCUUGGUUCCACACUGCUUCACAACUUGGAGUCAAUGGGGUGGUCCAUGGCCACCGGCAUUCAAAGGCAAGCUGUACCGGCGGGCCUAUGCGGACGCGAUAUUUAUGCCAUUGCCCCUACCAAUUCCGGGAAAACAGGGGCCUUCUUGAUCCCCAUCGUUGCUCACUGUCAAAGUUUGGCAGAAUUUUAUCGAUAUAAACGACGAUCAGGACCCUUUGCACUGAUUUUGGCCCCCACGCGAGAAUUGUGUCAGCAAAUUGAAGAAACCGCAAAACAGCUUAUCCAAGGCAUAGCCAAUACUCGAACCGCGCUCCUCAUUGGUGGUCAGCCCCUACCCAACCAGCUGUAUCGACUCAAACGCGGCAGUCAAAUUCUGAUUGGCACGCCGGGACGAGUCGUCGAUAUCAUCACCUAUCAUGCGCACAUCCUUCGACCGUGGAAGUUGCAAAUGGUGGUGGUCGAUGAAGCCGAUGCCAUGUUCAGCUUGGGUUUUCAUCACCAAAUCCGACAGAUAUUCGGCAAGUUGAACGAUAACACCCUCCGUCAAACCAGUUUUUUCUCUGCUACCAAUAGCAACCAACAGGAGAUGGAAAAAUUAUCCCGAAAGCUGAUCUCUCCCAUCACCAUUUUAGUGGAGCAGCCCUCAGGAAAGCCCGGAAAGCCUCUGGCUGAGCCUACGAGCAUGGUGCGCCAAACCAUUUUGUGGGUAGAAAAUUCCAGCAAAGCGAAACGACUAUUAUCGAUUUUGAACGACCCGAAAUACUUCGCUCCACCGGUUUUGAUCUUUGUCGACAGUCGCCUUGGAGCCGAAUUCCUCAGUCGAACGAUCGCCAAACGCAACAAAGUGCUUCGAGUGGUAGCGAUGCAUGCAGAUAAACCACAGGCGGAGCGAGCGUCGAUCGUCGCUGGUAUCAACGAUCAAGAGCCCCAAUGGGAUGUUAUCGUAUCCACGGAUAUUCUCGCUCGCGGGUUGGAUCUGCCCUGUGUCCGUCUCGUCAUCAAUUACGAUAUGGCUCCCACGGUGGAAGAUUACGUACAUCGCAUCGGCCGUGCCGUGAUCCAUGGACCCUUAGCAAAACACCAUCAACACCAACGCGGUCGAGCCAUUACUUUUAUCAAUAACGAACAUAAACAUUUAUUCGAACCAUUUACCAGAAUGCUAUCUAAUCGAUCGCUCGCGGGAGUAACUCCUUUGCCUGUGCAACUGAAGCGGUUCUUGUGA